UGGGACAAUUCAUUCAAAGCCUCUCAAUCUUCUUUGGCUUCUUCUUUCUUAAUCUAAUUUUUCUCCACACACUUACGUUCAUCACAAACAGAAAGAAAGAGACCAAGAAAUGGCUAGCUGCAGCAUGGCAUCAGCGGCCUCAGGAUUUAUUGUCACACCUAAUGUUGCAACCGGCAACGCUGCCUCGGCUGGCAGGACUAGCAUGUUGGUUUUCUCUUCCAAGACCAACACCAAUGCCAGAACAAGCAGUGGUAGGUUUGUGAUCAGGGCUUCCGAGGAAGGAGCAGCGCCGCCCGCCGCAGCAGCCACCAAGGCCCCCGAAGCAAAGCCUAAGCCACCACCAAUUGGACCCAAGAGAGGCACCAAGGUGAAGAUUCUCAGGAGGGAGUCCUACUGGUUCAAAGGCAUUGGAUCUGUUGUAGCUGUGGAUCAGGACCCCAACACCCGCUACCCAGUCGUGGUUAGAUUCAACAAAGUUAACUACGCAAAUGUGUCCACAAAUAACUAUGCAUUGGACGAGAUUGAAGAAGUUAAAUGAGCUUGUGCUAGCUGCAAUGUAAAUUGUGAUCUUAAUUCUAUUUCUAUCAAUCAGUUUCGUGUUUCAUCCCCUAUGUGUAUCAUACUCUGAUUUCUUCCA